CGCUCAACCUUCCCCCGCCGCUGCUACGCGCCCACACGUGCCCAUUUCCUUCACAUUCUUUGCGCGGCUGUGCAUAGUCGACUCUGAUAGACGCCGUCUAGGCCUCUCACUGCCUCCCCGCUCUCUGCGCGCCCCGCCUUGACGCGCAACAGCCCCCCACGCCGUCUCGAGCUGCCCACGGCAUGCUGCGCGACACUGGCCAGACUCACCAUGACAGACGCCAGAAUGGAGCUAGUUGACUGGCUCGACGACCUCUGCGUCCGCUUCAUCGUAAACCUGCCCUACGAAGAGCUUCAGUCCGUCGAGCGCAUCUGCUUCCAGAUCGAGGAGGCGCAAUGGUUCUACGAAGACUUCAUCCGCCCGCUGGACCCCAGCCUGCCGUCCAUGAACCUGCGCACCUUUGCCAUGCGCAUGUUUCAGCAUUGCCCGCUCUCCGCUGGCUUCUCCGCCCUCCACCACGCCGAAGCGUACCAGCAGUUUCUGGAGUACAAGACAAGGGUGCCCGUCCGCGGCGCCAUCAUGCUAAACGACGACAUGACACAUGCGGUGCUAGUCAAGGGCUGGAAGAAGGGCGCCAAGUGGAGCUUUCCGAGGGGAAAGAUAAAUAAAGAUGAAGCAGACUUGGACUGCGCCGUAAGAGAAGUCUACGAAGAGACCGGCUACGAUCUGCGAGCGGCGAACCUCGUGGGGCCAGAAGACAAGAUGAAGAGCAUUGCCGUCAACAUGCGCGAGCAGAGCAUGCUGCUGUACGUUUUCCGAGGCGUGCCAAUGGACACGCACUUCGAGCCGCGGACAAGGAAGGAGAUCUCGAAAAUCGACUGGUACAAACUCGCCGACCUACCUACGCUCAAGCGAAGACACCAAGUCCAGCAAGGCACCGGCCAGGACCUCAUCAAGGAAAACAGCUUCUACAUGGUCGCGCCCUUCCUCGGCCCUCUCAAGGGGUGGAUCAAGCAGCAGAAGAGGCUCGACAAGCAGAAGGCUCUCUCCGGCGCGCACCUCUCGCCGCCAGUAGCCGCGGGAGUGACAGACACGGAGGAGCUAGAGGUUGAUCUCGGAGAGACUACCGCAGACGAGGCGCCAAUCCCAGAGCCACACACUGAUAGAGGAGAUUUCGACGAGCUCGUGGCUAAGCUGGGACGAAGCCACCGUGCGAGCGAUGCUUUGCCGGAGGUAUCUGCAGAGCCCCAGACGGAGCAAAUGGUGGAUCCGGCGGCAGAACUUAAGAGGUUAUUGAGUGUUGGUACCGGGUUUUCGUCCCAAACUCGUCCUGUCGAAGCGCCUGCACUCGCACAGGAACCGCAGUCAAACCCGAUUCUGGCCAUGCUGCAUGGAGGCAACAGGCCUGCUCCACCGUCCGAGCCAUUCCCCAGAACGCCAUUUGAGCAGCUCAUGUCGCCUCCCCAACAGCCUCACAGUCCACACGGUCAGCACCAUCCACGGCCACCGCAUCUCGACCACAUGCCUCCCCCGCCUUCAUUUCCUUACCAUCCACAACAUGGCCCCCAAUUCCGAGGGCCCCAUCAUCCUCAAAUAUCACCACACCCCAAUGCUGCUUCUGGGCAAAUGUUGCGCCACUUUCUUCCGCCGCCCCCUCGCCAUCCGGACCCCGCCUUCCUCACGCAUGCACCCAACAUCCAGCAGUCAUUCAGCCAGCAUGCACCGCGCCCAUAUCAACAGACAGGCGAUCCGCAAUUCGCGCAACCGCCCCAAUUUCCUAGCGCACAUGGCCCUGCGAUUCCGCCAGCCUCAAAGCUUCCUCCACCGAAGCUCACGGCGCACACACUAAGCUUGCUGAAUGCCUUCAAGAUGAACGAGAAGCCUGCAGACCCAGUCUCACAACCUUCCUCGCAACCCGCACAGAGUUCUCAAGCAACUCCGAGGAUGGGCCCGCCUACCACUCACCGAGAACAUCAGUUUCUCGCUUCGCCGCCGAGUGCCAAUCCGUACGCGUCAUAUGCACCUAGCCCACCUGCGUUUCAGUCGCCUCCGCUUAGUGCAAAUUUCCAGCCUGUGCAGCCGAAACCUAGGAGUGCGCAUCAGGAUUCGUUAUUGAGCCUCUUCCGGUCACCGUCGACGGCUGCAGCCACGCCGCCUCCGCAAUUGGCGCCAGAGCAGCCAGCAGAACUUUCCGCCCUCCCACAUACUCCUGGCAAUGUCAGGCCUAGGCUGGCUGAUGAUGUAGGACCUCCGAUGCCGGAAAUGAGCACCAGGGCAAAUAUUCUGGAGGCAAUCGUGCAGCAAAACAAGGCAGGAUUGACGUCGGCUACCAUCCAUGGACCAGUCAAUGCACCGGACUUCGAUACUAUGAAGAAGCAUUCUCAUCAUCCGGUUAAUGGACACUCUCGGGGCCCUUCGCCUACGCACCAUAAGGUGGAGCAGAAAAUGUUCAUCCCGCAGCAGAUCCUCAAGCGCGAGAACACCGACUCGACAUUGAGGGGUCCUACAGCGGAAACGGGAUUAAGUCCCAAAGCCAGUCCAAGUACCGUGGCGUCUCAGGCAACGGCAUUCAAACCACAGAUCCUCAAGCGGCCUCAGCAGUUGACGGAGUCUCCUACCACCGUUGGCUCUACGGCGCAUACGCAAGGAUUAUUGGGUCUUUUCAAGAACCAAGCUUCGCCGCAAUCACAACCCACACCCCCUGCGCAUUUCCCCGCACCAGCAGCCCAAGCGUCCUUCGACCGAAGAGAUACGCUCCCCUCGGACCAAAAGAACGCACUGUUAUCACUCUUCAGCAAACCCUCCCAACCCGCAGGCUCUCCUAUACAAGCCUCCAGGUCGCCACUUGCGCCACCAUCCCGCAUUCCAUCCCUCCCAUCCGGGAGCCCGGUUCCACCAGCGCGCAGUCCUCAACCACCCACGCCCAAGACCCUUACGUCUGGUGUCAUCAGCCCCGUCUCUCCGCUCCCGGAUAAGGGAAGCCAGCAGAAUAGCCCUGCGAACUUGGCCUCAAGGUCGCGGAUCUCCUCGAUUGGUGAGGCUGUCGCUCCCAGUGUGGUGAUUCCGCAACACAUGGCCCCCACUUCGCAUCCGGUUAUGAUGAGCUCCGGGAUGGUGGGACAGAAGAAUGGCGUGGGUUCUGGCGCAGAAGGCUCUGCGAGUCCGAUUAGCACGGGGCUGACGGAAUUGGGUGUGAGUGAUAGGGCGAGGAAACAAAGCGCGGAUGGGAAGAGUCCGGUGGACAAGACGUUUUUGCUGGGCUUCUUGAAUGAUGUGGCGAGGAAGGGGCGUUGAAGGGCUUUGCGCUUUGGUCGGACGGAUUGGUUUGGUUUGAUUUUGAUUGUUCUGCGGUGUGUGAGUAAACGGUCUUCUGCGGUACCAUUAGCGUUGAGAGUUUCCUGGGUAGGUGUAUAGUCUAGGGUGGAAUGGAUUGGACAUUGGGUAUCUGGGUGUCGCUCGGGUCAUUGGAUGGACAUGAAAAGGGAUGGAUGGAUGUCCGGACCACGCAUCGGACGUAGUAGGUAUUAUUCAUAAAAGUCAACAACAAUCAAGGAUAAGCCUUCGACAUUGCU